AUGUUCGACAGGCCAGAUCACACGGCUGUAGGCUGUCUCUUGGCAUUCGUCCCAGGCUUUCUGCGAAGCAGAUUAGUGGUAGGCUUCCUGCAACUGCUCGUCCCAAGUUUCCUUCGAUCUGGUCCCGCCGAGCCCAAAAAGCUCCAUUCAACAGCAUGGCUGGAACCCGGCUCAUUCGAGAUCCUGAAGAUGCCAAUAAUCCGCCUCCUCGUCACUGGUCCACCACACGUGGCCAUGUUCUUCAUCGUGUCUGGAUACGCCAUCUCGUACAAGCCCCUGAAGCUCAUGCACCAGGGCCGCUUCGCAGACGUCGGUUCUGCGCUCGCUUCAGCCUUCUUCCGCCGCCAUCCCAGGCUGUUCAUGCCCGCAGCCGUCAUCACAGUCUUCUCAGCCCUGAUGACCCAGCUGAACUGGUACGAUCCACAGGGCCAGGGCUUACCCGGGACCGCCCAGCCGUCGAGGGAACCGCCCCACGCCCUCAACCUCCACGACCAGAUGAUCCACUAUGCCAUGGCUGAGAUCCAGAACACCGACCCGAUCGGCCAGGAGCAUGCCAUGGGCGGGGUGCCGCGGAGGGUCAUUAAUCCGUACGAUCCUAACCUGUGGACGCUACCGAUAGAAUUCAACAGCUCGAUGGUCGUCUUCAUGUUCCUUGCCGCCUUCAGCCGAGUCAGAAACCGAGUCAGGAUGGCAUUCGCAUUCGCGCUGAUCAUAUAUUUCGAGUACUUCUGGUACUACUGGGCGCUGUUCCUGUUCCUGUCAGGCAUGCUCAUAUGUGAUCUACGUUUCGAAAUCGAGGACUACCGCGCGCAGCGAGCCAAAAAUGCGGUGUCAGGCGAGGCCGCUGUCCUACCUAUCUGGGCACGGGUGCCUCGGGGGAUCGUCUCGAGGAUAGCAAGAGCGCUUUCCGGCUCCCGCCUCUUGGGACGAAUCACGGGCAUUUCGCUCUUCAUCAUCGCGCUGUGGCUCCUCAGCGUGUACGAAUAUCACCCCAUCGACACUGUUUACACUCACGUGGGCGCAAUCCUCAUGGUGGUAGUUGUAGACCAUGCGUCUUUUCUGCAGAUUAUUUUCACCAAUUCCUUCUCACAAUACUUGGGCAGAAUAUCUUAUUCCUUAUACCUGGUGCAUGGCCCUCUCCUUUGGACCUUGGGGUCUGCCCUGGCCCACAGGUGUUUGGCCUUCACUGGAUCAGAUACCAAUGAGAAGUGGGUUUUGGGUAUUGCGAUGGCGGCAUUCUUGUGGUGGCCUGUGGCGAUUUGGCUGUCAGACCUCACGUACAGAGCGGUUGACGCCAAGUGCGUGCAGCUGGCAAGGUGGUCGUAUGAGAAACUACUGAGGAAAGAUUUCUAA